AAACUUAAUUCUUGGAGAGACUUUCCAUGCGAUCUGCGAUGCUCGUGGUGUGUUUUUCUGAUCAGGGAAGAAUCACACAGCACACAGAAUGGCGCAUAUGUUCUUGUUCAUCUUAAUGCAGAUAGCAGACAAGUAUGUGAACCCAGACAAAGACAUUAUGUGGAUACUGAAUAGACAACAUAGGAAUGUGUGUCUAGAAAACUAGUGUGAGGCCCAUCUUAAUACAAACAUUGCAUCAUUGCCGCAAACUUUCAGAUUCAUGUCAAACAUCUCUGUGGCAGAUUUGCUCAGUUUUAUGCCGAAUUUGCACAUUUGCUCUUUGUUUUAACGUGCGGUCCACGAUGAAAUCUCAGACGUGGUAGGAAUAGCACCAAUUAGUACCAUUACUCUGAAAACUUUUUGAUGCCACCUCGUAUAACACGUUUAAAAUACUUCACAAUUUCCACAAACGCGAAUUUAACAACUUAUAAACUGCACAAUAUCACAAUAAUGCUCCUUUAAUUGAAACUAAACAUUGAAUUCUGUGGUCACUGUCCUUGGAGGUCUUUGGUUUCUCCAGUCAAACAUUCAUACUAGAGUACUGAAUAGUACGCACUCAUAUACAGCUACUAGUAGUCGCAUGCUCAGGGGUUGCCAUGGUUACUGUACAAGCGUAUACUAGCAUACUGAGUAGUAUGGAAAAAUCGAGUAUUACUCUAUAAUGCGUCAAAACAACAUCAAAUGCUGGAUUUGGGUAGAUACCUUUAAUACUAAAUUAUAUUUUAAAUGCUAUGAUCCAUGCGAUUUGGCUUAGUUUAGGUGAUUUAUUUCCUGUUCUCAUUUCCUGCGGUGAUCUUGUGUAACGGCGCCUUGUGUCGGUUCUCCACGUGGCGCUGCGCUAUUGUGCGAGCUGGGUUCACCCAGAGGGGAGACGCAGCUUCAGCGUGCGACACCAGGGCCGAUGACCCGGGCCAAACCGCGUUUUAUGACCGUGAUUCAACGCUUGCUGACGGAGAAGCGAAAAGGCAUUGGGGCAACUGCUCGCUUCCAUCUUCUCGUCCUGCGCAAAGAGGAGGCGUUACCAGAUUUAUCCGACAGCCUACACCGAGCUCAGGAGGAACACGGGUCUUGUGAUUAAACAUGACUGCAUUAAGGCAGAGGAAGAGUAAAGUGAAGGAAGUGGGUCCAGAACUUCAGGGUCAGCGGUGCGAACAUGCAGCCGGCCACUUGCAUAAAAAGACUUUUGAAGGGACAUCAUGGUGGACGGUGCUGUGUGUUGUCUUCGGUUCUGUAAUAGGAGUUAGUCUGGGCCUGCUGUGUUGCAUCUACAUGGCUACACUUCAUGAAAAUGACCUCUGGUUCUCCAAUAUAAAGGAAGUAGAGCGUGAAAUCUCCUUUCGGACCGAAUGCGGCCUCUACUACUCAUACUACAAGCAGAUGCUCAGCGCCAAGUCUAUACAGGAAGGUCUGUAUGAGCUCAUAAAUGACAACACGACAGAGUCUAUGAGGACUAUUAAUAUCCUACAGCGCAUGAACAUCUAUCAGGAGGUGUUGUUGAGUAUACUGUACAGGAUCCUACCCAUACAGUCUUACCUUGAGCCAGUGUACUUCUACAUCUACACUGUGUUUGCUCUACAAGCAGUCUAUGUGCUCGCUCUAUUCUUCACCAGUUGGCUCCUCAGUGGAUCAUGGCUGGCUGGAACUCUGGCUGGAGUCUGGUACGUCCUCAACAGAAUAGACACAACACGUGUGGAGUUCACCAUCUCUCUGAGAGAGAACUGGUCCCUGCCAUUCUUUGCGCUGCAGGUGGCCGCCAUCACCUGCUACCUGCGUCCUCAACUACGACUACAGCACCAGAGGAUGGUGCUGUGGCUGGUGUUUGUCUGCACGCUUUGUUUCUGUCUAACGUGGCAGUUUAAUCAGUUCAUCUUGCUGGUGCAGGCCUUCCUCAUCUUUAUGCUUGACUCCCUGGACUUUCUUACAGCUGAGCAGGCGACGUCUCUGUACCUGGUACAAGCUGUGAGUCUGCUGUGUGUGUGGCUGCUGCAGUUCUGUAACCCCAUGGUGUUGGGCUCUCUGGUGCUCAGCUUCAUUGUGUCUGUGCUCUUCGUCAAACACUUCCAGACUGGACUGAAGGUGGGAGGAUUUGUCACACGUGUAGGAAAGCUGGCUCUUCAUGCAGUCCUUGUGCUCGUUUUAACUCUCAUCAUCAAUUAUUCAGCCAAGAGAGUCCUGCAGCUGAGAUCCGAUGAGCACAUCUUCAAGUUCAUAAAGGCCAAGUUUGGCUUGGGGGCUACAAGAGAUUUUGAUGCCAGUCUGUAUCUGUGUGAGGAGGCAUUCGGUUUGCUGCCGUUUGACACAUUCGAUCGCCUGGCUGCUACUCUGAUGCUCUACCCGUACCUCUGUACGCUCUCGGUACUUGCCAUCGUCCUGGCGCUUGCCGCUUUCUCCAAUCUCAGAGAGUGUGGAACCGGGCGAGCGUCUGGAGCCCCAGACGAGACGGCAUUCCGCAUGCGUCCAGACAUUGCUUACAACCUUCUACACACAAUCUUCUUUGGCCUGCUGGCUUUUUCCACCAUGAGGAUGAAGUACCUGUGGACCGGUCACAUGUGCGCCUUUACCGCCUUCGGUGCGUGCGGGAAGGAGAUGUGGACGUUGCUGCGAGUGAUCCAUUGCAACACCGAAGGAAAGCUAAAGUUGAUCAGGUACUCCGUUCCGGUCGUGCUGCUGGCAUUCCUUUAUUACAAGUUCUGGCACAAACUGACAGAAGAACUUUCUGAGCUGAGAGAAUUUUACGACCCGGACACCGUGGAGCUGAUGACAUGGAUUAGCGGCAAGACCCCCAAGAGUGCAGUGUUUGCAGGCAGUAUGCAGCUUCUGGCUGGAAUAAAGCUGUGCACAGGCCGAGUCCUGACAAACCACCCGCACUAUGAGGACCAAGCACUGCGGGAAAGGACCAAGCAGGUGUAUCAGAUCUACGCCCGGCAGUCUGCAGAAGACGUGUACAAGCUCCUGCGGGAUGUAGGGGCAGAUUACGUGGUGUUGGAGGACAGCAUUUGCUUCGAGCGCCGGCACACUCGUGGCUGCCGGCUGAGGGACCUGCUCGACCUGGCCAACGGACAUAUCAUGGACGGAUCUGGAGAGAACGACCCUGACCUGGUUCCGGCCUCUCACCCACGCUUUUGCCAAGCAGUAAAGAGCGGCGAGCCGCGCUACUCCACCCUCUUCACCCGUGUCUUUCACAAUAAAACUUUCAGUGUCUACAAGCUCAAGAAAUCGAAGAAGAAAGCCAAAAAGGAUGAGGGAGUGUAGACGAAGGACAGAGCCGCCUCCAAUCAACCUCCUGCCUUGCUGCUGCCUGUGAGGAAUGUUUAGUGACUGAGUGAUCACAGUAGGUGUGUGUGUGUGUGUGUGUGUGUGUGUGUGUGUGUGUGUGUGCGGAUACCUGAUUAAUCCAUUGCAGGCAGAUGAUGCAGUGUGUGUAUGAGACUCUCUAAAGCAACAGGAGCUCAUGUUUAAAGAACAGCAAGAGAGACAGCGAGUGAACACGAGAUGAAAAAAACAUUUUUUCCCCCCUUUCCCUUGCCAUCUGUUUUCUGCCUUUCCUUCAUCCUUUCUCCGUCGACACGAUCUUAUGCAUUAAACAUGCUUACACAUAUGUUACUAAAACAUAGUUAUUGAAAAGAAGCAUGUUACACUUUUGUCCUUCUGUUUCCUCUAAGCCUUUUUUUCAUUUCUCACGAGCUAAAAAAUGUGUCAAAAAAAAAAAAAAAAGAAGCUCCUGGUGAAUCUCAGAGAAUGAACUAUUGGGCUUAUUGUUUGUCUUUACACUGUAGUCAUAGCUCACUGUCCGUGCACGUUUCCACGCACAUGUCCACGAGCAUCCGUCUGCUGCUCUACGGAUCUCUUAACGGUGACUCAUGAGCGGCAGGCUCGGUCACAAGUGCAGCACGAUCGCCAUCAACUCUCGAUGUAACGCCUAACGGCUCCAGCACUGUGAAUAGCAUAGCUUUUUUUUUUGUUCCGUUUAAUUAGCCCCGGAUGUAAUUUAGUGCUCAGGAUGUAGCCAUGAGCGAUAGCAGAAGAACGACAGAAUUUACAACUCAAAUGUAAAGUCUGUUGUGUGUAAGGUUUGGAACUGGAUUAAGAAACGCUGGUAGAUUUAGUGCGAAUUCACGAUUUAUAUAUACGCGAAUGUAUUCUUUUUUUUAUUAAUAUUGCGUGGUUAUGUUUAAGGAACAAAUCUAGUCUAAUGGUGUUACUUGGUUGGAAACAUUUUUCCAAUUAGUUUUAUUUUUUUGAGGCAAACAAGCAAACGAACUCCUGUAAUGAGAGCUGUAUCAGGAAAUGCACUAUAUCACGUUAUUAUAAAGAACACGAAACAACUUGCCGUGCUAGUAAGUACCCAGACAUCCCUCCAUCUCCAUGUAAGAUCUUUGUAACCUACAUACACUAUAUAGACAAAGGUUUGUGGGAACCUGACCAUAAUAUUCUAGGUGCUUCUAGGACCAUAAGAUUCUAGGUGUCCCAAUUUGCAGUCAUAACCUCCACUCUUCUAGGAAGAUGUUCCUAUAGAUUUUGGAGCGUUCUUGUGCGUUUAAAAUUGGUGUUUAUUCAGCCACAAUGGUGUUAGUAAAGUCAGGAACUGAUGUAGGUGAGGUGAGGAGGUCUGGAGUGCGUCUAAGUGUUCCAAGUCAUCAGAAAAAGUGUUCAGUGGGGUUUGAGGUAAGAGCUCUAUAGCAGGACACUCAAAAUCUUUUAACCCUUGGAGUUGGCUUUGUGCUCAGGGUAUUGUCAUGCUGGAAAAGGUUUUGGUCUCCAAGUUGAAGUGAGGACAACUUUAAUGCUACGGCUUCCAAGGACAUCAAUUUUGUGGUAACAGAUUGGUAAAGAACCUCAUAUGGGUGGAGAAGACUGGUGUCCCAAUACAUUUGUCCAUAUAGUUUAUAUUUAUGGUUAUGGAUUGCACUAUCAUGAAAUCCUCUUUUGUUUAGGUUGAAUUUGGUUCUACCUCCAGACUGAGCUCAUUUUCCAGAAUGUCUCAAGAACCCUUAAAGCUCAGAGCUGUUUCUAAAAUCUGAUUGGUCAGAAGUGUUCAUCUAUUUUAUGAAUAAAUAAGGUAAUUAGUUCGAACAGUUGUGCCAUCUGUAGGGAUGAAAACGUAAAAUUUAUAUUCUUAACCUAUUUUUGUAAACUCAUUGGUGACCGUUUCCCGUAUUAAAAACCACUAUACAGAUAAGUGUUUUAGGAUAUAUACCUUGUUACAGAUCGCACCAUCGUACUGUAAAUCCAUUUCUCCAACAGAAAUCCACAACAGACUUUCAAUAUAAUACGUUCACCCAUAGAGCUGCCUGGUCGUUUCAUAAAAAUCCUCCAUCUUAUGCCGAGCAAAAAUUGGCUUCAGUGAAAUCAGCAGGCCGAAAUAAAGCCCUGUGUUAUGAUAGAGUUAAGCUAUGAGAGCCGCGUGUUUUAUUACAGUACUCGUGGCAUCGAUUACGACGGAGCAUUCCAAUUUAACGCUCCGAGGUCCUGAUUUACUAAAGGUGUGUGUGUGUGUGUGCGUGUGUGUGUGUGCGCGUUGCAUGUGUGUCAGAAUGUUGCGAGUUGUGUUCUUCAAAUUAGCAGAAUAACGUUCAAUUUAUGUGUUUGAUGUAAUACAUUUGUAGUACGUGGCCUUUUUUUUUUAAACCAAGCAGGGUCAAGUGAAAGGGGUCUUUACCAAUGAUUUUUUUUUUUGACAUGCAAUGUAAUUUUUUUUCGGUGUUGUUUUUUUUUUUGGUCAACCUGAGCAUGACCUUGGGGAUGACAUUUGUAAAAGCAGAUGAAUAUAGCCGAAGGGCAGCAAUUAAAUUUGUGAGAGGCAAUAAUAAAACUGUUUGGAAAGCCUUGAUAUAAGGAAUGUUAACUGGGAUUUUACUUACUGCAUAACCAAUUUGAUGAUUUUGAUAACUUAAUAGUAGUAGUAGUAUGGUGAGUUUAAAUGAGAUAAUAUCUGUAUUUGAGAAAAUGUUGUCACACACACACACACACACACACAAAAGUGUGUGUUCAGCAACCAUUUUAGUAUAUCUUCAAUACUAUACUAUACAAAAUGAAACUUGGACAUAUUUUAGUCAGUGUGCAGCUUGUACAGCAGUACAGAUUUACUGUCUUCCAAAAAUAACUCAACAUACAGUCAUUAUUGUAUAAUUAACUGGCAGCAACAUCACACCAACAACCUGUGCAUCUCUGGUGAAAUCCAUGCCCAAGAGGAUAAAGGCAGUGCUGGAUAUCAAUUUGCUCUAAACGAAAUAUAUACAUUUUGGACAGAGUUUGAACACGUUCACUCAGGGUGUACUCACUUUUGUUGCCAGCUAUUCAAACAAUAAUGUCUGUAUGUUGAGUUAUUUUUAGAGGACAGUAAAUCUGUACUGCUAUACAAGCUGCACAUUCACUACUCUAUAAAUAUGUUUCUUUUCUAUAGUAUUUUCCCUUUAUGAGAUACUGUGUGUGUAGAUUAUGUUCUUUGUGAACAUCCUAUUCCGCAUUUAGUCCCCAUUUAUAAUAACCUCCACUCUUCUGGGAAGAUCUUUCACUAGAUUUUAGACAUUUGUGCUCAUCCGGAUUCUAAGGCAUUAGUAAAAUCAGAUACUGAUGAGGGUGAGGUGAGGAAACCUCGGGGUGAGGUCAGUCUUCACUUUCAUCCCAAAGGUGUUCAAUAGCGUUAAGGUCAGAGGACAGCAGGCCAAUCAAGGUCUUUGGUCUCCUCAUUCAAAUGAAGGGAAAUUGGUAUGCUGCUGCAUCCAAAUACAUCCUAUACAAUUGUGGGCCUUUGUGGUAACAGUUUGGGAAAAACUAAAUAUGGCUGAAAAAUUCAGGUGUCCCAAUACUUUUCUCUGCAUAGUUUAUGUAGUUAAUAGGUCAUAGGAUUAUUUUAUUUUUGUGGAUGUAGAUAUGACAUGCUUCUUGAUUGUAUCCUUUGUAAUUGCCCUUAGUUUGGAUCGUUCCACUGAUCUUGGUCAACAUACAUUGUUCUAUUUGUAUGUAAUGCUUUACAUGGUACAUUCCACUUUCUCUGUAGUUGGUUGUUAGUAAAUCAGGGCCUUCAUUGUAUUUUUUUCACUUGUAAGGAUAACAAAAGAGCAUUACAUUUGUUUUGCGGAUCCUCGGGCAUUGUUCUACUGCACUAGCUUGAUCCUGUGAUGUUUUUAGUGUAUGAGUGUCAUUUAAACAUUUUUGCUUGUUUUUAAUAAAAUUAAAAAUUAAAGAUUUGUUCCUCGACUGUU